AAAAAAGUGAAUCUCAGUUUUGUCAUAUAGAUGAAAAAUUAUUACUAUUAGUAUCAACUUCGCUCUCUGCUCCUUUUUUCCCCCCAUUUUUGCAUUUUUUCUCUCCAAAUUUUUCAACUUUCUCUUUUUUCUUUUCAUAUUAUUAUGACUUUAAUAUUAUAAUAUUUUGCCUUUUAUUCCUAUAAUAUAUUAACUUUCCCCCACAUAAUUUAAAAAAAAUUAGUUUUAUUUUUUGUCUUUCAUAAUUACAACUUUUAAAAAGUAACACUUUUUUUCCUUUAAUAGUGCAACUCAUCUCCCAACGCAAGAGCAGUUUCAGUGGCAGAUUACUAUCGCUGUGCUGCUCAACUGAAACUGCUCUUCUGUCAGGAGAUGAUAAUUUCCUGCCUGACCUGAGCUAAUUCAAUGAACACCACAUCAUUUUGUUGUUAAUUAUACUUGAUUGACAAAUUCUGACUGAUUUCUCAUAAAUGAUUCAGUGAAUAUUGCAUUUUGUAGGUCACCUACUACAGUAGGUACAUUUGGACCUAAAUUAUAUGCGAGGCAGGGCUCGUCCUACAAAUGAAUGACUCCAAAAAUAGGUUGACUUAAGUUACUACGAUCAGGGUGGCUCCAAGCCAAACUGGGGCCCAAGGCAGAACUUUAUUUACUUUCUCUCCUGCCCGAGGCUGACUAGGUGCUUUAUACUUCACAGCAGCGAUGUGCAUCCUUGCGGGGGCCCUAUGCACAGCGCAUGUUCAGGCCCUGAUUAGCAUUAGACUAGCCUGUUGGAUGCAAUUUUCUUAUUUCAACACCAACAUGUGUUGAUCUAACAUUAACUGUGCUGCAUAGUUAAACAUCUCCUUUGCGAUCUUCUACUUUGUCUACUACUUUUGUCUCACACAUUCAAAAUGAGUUUUGAAGAGAUUCUACAAACCAUUGGAGAAUUUGGGAUUUUCCAGAAGCUUAUUCUUUUUGGGUUGACUUUUCCACAUGCAGUUUUGAUGACUUCUAUGUGUAGUUUUCUUCUCAUUCAGUCUGACCCCAAGCGACAUUGCAACACAGCCUGGAUUCUCAAGGCUGCUCCCAACCUGACUAUGGACGAGCAGCUGAACCUGACCGUUCCUCUGGAGCGGGAUGGUUCUUUCAGUAGGUGCCGCAUGUUUGUCCCGGUGGAUUGGGACAUCGGAACCAUCAGGGAGAAUGGACUCAAUGAGACCACGGUGUGCCAGAAUGGAUGGCUGUACUUUGAUAAAACGUACGAGUCCACCAUUGUCACUGAUUUUGAUCUCGUCUGUGACAAGUCCAACAUACCUACGGUUGUGAAGACAACUUUCUUGGCUGGUGUAGUCGUAGGUUCUAUCAUCUUUGGACCUAUUAUGGAAUCAUUUGGUCGUCUGAGAACCACGCAGGUAUCCGGAGUCCUUCUGAUCAUGUGCAGCUGCGUGUCUGGUGCGUCGCCAAAUAUCUUCGUCUACAUAGUGGCACAGUUCCUUGUUGGAGCUGCUGUCGCAGGUUUCAGAACGAACUCCACUCUAUUAGCUACAGAGUGGAUGGAGGUCACCAAAAGGUCUUUUGCCUCCUGUUUGUGCCAAAUGUUUGCUGCACUGGGACAAUGCGGCACAGCUGCACUGGUCUAUGUACUUCCUAAUUGGAGAACAACACAAUAUGUGUUGGCAGCAGCGUAUUGUCUUAUCACCCUUUACUUGUGGUGGAUUCCUAAAUCUGCAAGGUGGUUGUUGAGUCAAGGAAGAACUGAGGAAGCAAAGAGGUUGAUCAAAAAAGUUGCAGCAAUAAAUAAACAGGAAAUCUCAGAGAAUACAUUGGACUGCAUGUUACAGGAUCAUGAAAAAAAAGAAAUUGAAAAAGGAGCAAUGAAAAUUAUUUUUACCACAUCCGUGCUGCUGAAAUAUUUGUUGAUGAUUUCUUUUGUCUGGUUUUCAGUUGAUGUAGGCUACUUCUGUCUUCUCUUCAAUGUGGGUGGGUUUGGCUUGAACAUCUUCCUGAAUCAAUUCCUGUUUGGUAUCUCAGAAGUACCCGCACAUCUCCUCUGCAUCUGGGUUUUGGAAUUUUUGGGGAGAAAAUUGUCCCUGGUUUUAACCCUUUUAGCAGGUGGGCUUUUUUGCCUCCUAACACUGGCUUUCUCACAAGACAAUGGUGUCGUUGUUACAGCUCUUGUAACUACAGGGAAGUUCUUCUUGACCUGGGCUAGUUCAGUAUGUAUGGUCUACGCUCAGGAGCUGUUUCCCACCACAGUCAGGCAAACAGCUGUUGGCUUGGUGUCUCUUGCUAUGAGAGUAGGCGCGCUCAUCGCUCCACCAAUAAACCUGUUGGGAGUUUAUCACUGGUCCAUACCCGUCAUUGUCUUCAGCACCCUUGCGGUGAUUAGUGGCGCUUUGGUUUUCUUCCUUCCUGAAACCAGAAGCAAAGACCUGCCUGAUUCUACCAGUGAGGUCAAGGGCAACAGAAAUAUGAUCACCAACAAAACAGGAAGUGACUCCAGGCAGCCUGAACUCAACAGCAGAAAAUUCACCAAACUUGGUCUUGGUUUGGGGAUUACAGCAUUCCCUCGUUUAUCGUGGUUAAUUGGUUCCUCACCCCAGCGCGAUAAGUGAAUUUCCGCAAAACACUUGAGUUGCCGGUUCUGGGCGGAGCCAUGAGACACACCCUGAGCCACUUAAUCACCACAGCACUUAGGCUCCAGCUAUUGCUGCCAACUCCCACAGCUUGAAAUUUCUUUUUGGGCGUAGCUAGCCUUUUGCUAAUGCUCACUUUGCUCAGUGUAACCAUCACUUUCACCCCACCCCCCACCACCCCCCACCCCCACCCCCACACACCCACGUCUGAGCUUAUUUGUAGAACGGACUUUUAUUGGUCAAAUAAAGCAUUGUAAACGUCACCAUUGCCUACUCUCUGGGUACUCGGUCCAGCCUUCACACAAGACUUGACAAUAUUUACACUACAUAUUGUUGUAUAAAACUGUGAGGAAGUGUGUUCUACACUGGACUUAGAAUCCCAGGACAAAGGUAUGUGCUUAGUCUUUAAUAGGCACAUAUGAAUGAGGAACAAAAAACAACGGUGCCAGUAAAACACACUAAAAGGCACCACAAAAAAUGGGCGAAAGGAAGACUAAGGCUAACAAAUUACCGGCCUGACGAAGCUACAGGACAUGCAGCACAGGCGCAAGCUAGCGGACUGGCUGGCACCCUGGUAGGCCAACAGCAAACUGGCAUAACAGGACGAUGAGGA